GGGGAAGAGCGGAAGCGGCGCCGUGACGUCAUACGCCGGAACCGUGCUAAGGCGGGAGGAAGACGCUCGUCGCCGGAGCUGCCUGUGAGGAGACACGAUGAGCAAAGCACACCCGCCGGAGCUGAAGAAAUUUAUGGACAAGAAGCUGUCAUUGAAAUUAAAUGGUGGCCGGCAUGUCCAAGGAAUCUUAAGAGGAUUCGAUCCAUUUAUGAAUCUUGUAAUAGAUGAGUGUGUGGAAAUGGCACCAGGAGGACAACAGAACAACAUAGGGAUGGUGGUAAUACGUGGAAACAGCAUCAUUAUGCUAGAAGCUUUGGAACGAGUAUAAACAAACCAGUGGAACAAGCUACAAUGUGGACAUUUGUUUUUGUAUUGUAGAUUUUACAGGCAUGACACUCUCUUUGUGAUUUUCUUUUUAAUAAAUUGUUAAAAUUGGA